AUGGGGAAUGAUGGUGGUGUCAUUGCCGUGAAGCGCAAGUUCAUGCGUCAUGCAAACGUUAAGGUACGUGAGGAGAAGGCCAAUCAGGAGGUACAGCGCUUGGAAAAGGCACGUACGUGUGCACUGUCUUCGCUGCCACUACAAGAGCCCGUGGUAGCGUGUCGCCUGGGUAACCUGUUCAAUAAGCAGACAAUUUUGGAGCAUUUGCUGGCCAAAUCGAUGCCUGAGUGUUUUCAGUACAUUACGUCACUCAAGGACGUGGUGACAUGUCAGGUGAAGGUUGAUAAAGAAGAGGACGCGCUUUGGCGCUGCCCCAUCACGAUGGUCGAGUUUAACGGCAAGCAGCCCUUUGUGGUGCUAUUUAAGUGCGGCUGCGUGCUGUCCGAGCGUGCUUUUAAGGCUGUCAACACGUCGGAGUGUUUGGUUUGUGGCAAGACUUUUGAAGAUCAGGAUGUAGUGACGCUGCUGAUGGAGGACGAACAAUACGAAAAGCAGAAGAAGCUGUUGGAGCAAAAGACGGUGGAGAAACGAGGCAAAAAGAACAAGAAGAAAGUGAAGCAGAUGAAAGAAGCAGGAAAGGAGAAGGACACGCACGAACACAAGAAAAACAAGAGGAGCAAGAGGAAAGCAGAUCAGUUGGGUGAAUCAGGUGACACAAAGCUGACCAAGAUUGCGAGAGAUGCUAGUGAAUCCAUUUUGAAGGCCAAGGAGAAGAGUCAAGUGUUUGCAUCAAUUUUUUCAAAGAACAAGAAGGAGAAAAGGAGUGCGAAUGAUUUGCUCAUGACGAUUGGUGGCAUGCGCUACACGUUAUCGUAG